UGGAGGCCGUGGUGGAGUUCGACUAUGAGGCUCAGCAGGAAGAUGAGUUGACCCUGACUGUGGGCGACAUCAUCAGGAACAUACGGCGAGAUGAUGGAGGCUGGUGGGAGGGCGAGCUGGGAGGACGCAGGGGGCUUUUCCCUGAUAAUUUUGUUCGAGAGAUAAAGAAAGACGGGAAGAGGGCUGGAGGGCAGGCGGGCAUGGUCAAGUCUGAACUUUCCAACGGCAGGGCCAGCCCUGUGUCAGACACCAUUGUUCGAACCAGCAAGAAAGGAGAACAAAUCCGCAAGCGGCGAUGUAAAGCUGCGUUCAGCUACGUGCCRCAGCAUGAAGAUGAGCUGGAGUUAAAAGUAGGAGAUGUCAUUGAGAUUAUUACAGAGGUAGAGGAGGGAUGGUGGGAGGGAUUUCUUAAUGGGAAGAUCGGGAUGUUUCCCUCCAAUUUUACCAAAGAGGUCCAAACAGAGUCGGAUACGCCCUCUUUGGACACAUCGCAGGAAGAGCUACGCAACAACCGCACAAGUAAGGACAGCCCCGGCAGUGAAAGUGAUGGAGCUGACAGUCGAUCAGAAACAGAGUCAGAAAUUCAACCCAAAAAGGUCAACGAYGGAAAACCAUUGAGUGUUGCAGCUGAAAGCAUGAAGACUGAACCUGACAGCAAAGCAAAGGUGCGGGAGCAGUGUAAAGUCCUAUUUCCAUAUGAAGCACAAAAUGAGGACGAGCUCUCACUGAAAGAGGGUGAUAUCAUCAACAUCAUCACCAAGGAGUGUGCCGAUGCAGGCUGGUGGAUGGGCGAGAUCGGAGGAAGGCAAGGCGUCUUCCCAGAUAACUUCGUCAAACUGCUUGAAGUUGAGAAAGAGAGACCGAAGAAGCCGCCGCCACCCAGCACUCCAUCAGCUAAACACUCCACAGAGAAAAAAGCUGAGGUGAAAAAGGUUCCUCCUGAGCGGCCUGAACAUCUACCCCAUAGGGACCAGGAUCGAGGUGAAGAGAUGAAGGUUGGAGAAAUCCCUAAGCCUUCCCUUCCUUCCCACAUUCCCAAGAAACCCCURCUCCCAAAGUCAAGCUCCUCCUCUUCCUCUCACCCCCCACGGCGUCCCGAGAGACCACCCACACUAGCGUCUGAAAGCCCCAAAUCUGAGGGCGGGGCUUCAACACCAGAUUCUGCCCCUGAUAGGUCAAAUGUCUCCGAUAUAGACCUGGAUGCAGUCGUCACYUCGACAGAGAAGCUCAGUCAUCCGACAGCGUCACGGCCGAGAGUCACGGACCGCCGGCCUCGCUCGCAGAUCCUCUCAGCUUCUUUUCAGUCCAGCACAGAGGUGGACUCUCCCACAGUCGAGGACAGAAAGGAGAAAGGGAAGGAAGAACACGAGUCUGUCUCUGUCAGACAUGCAGAUGCCCCCCUGAAGAAAAGAGUUCCUGCCAUUCCUGUACAAGAGAGUAAAGCACCACAAUCUAAGCCCUCUGUCCUGUCCCCACCAAACUCUGGCCAGCGUUCCAUUUCCCCAUCCUCCUCCUCUGGUCUGACCCCCUCUCCAGAGCUUCGGCACUCACCAUUGACGCCCCCGUCACUGGAGGAACUCAAGAGCCAAUUAAGAGACUUGAGAUCCGCCAUAGACCUGUUAAAGACCCAGCACAAGCAGGAGAUGAAGCAGCUGGCCAACGCGCUGGACGAAGAGAAGAAAAUGAGACUAAGUUUACAGGUGGAAGUAGAGCACAUAAAGAAGAACUUAUCCAAAUGAGGACUAAAGCAUCCGUAUCAGCUUGCUCUGAUCACAUCUGAGGCCACCAAUUGAAAAAAAAAAACAUUUAUCACUGUUGGUUUGACACUUCAGCCGAAACUGUGUUUGUGCCAAAUGACCAUCAUGAUCAGCAAUGGUUCACUUCCAUGGAAUCUGCCACCUUUCCCUGUAUGCCGCCUUAUCCUGUGUUUACUUCUUUUUUUUAAGAGGUUUUUCUGUUCAGUUUACUGCUAUCUUAUUGUGCCACUGGUACUGACUGACCGCGGCUUGACGCUGCGCGUUGUCGCGGUCACAGAAAAAGGAUAUGGAGCUUCGGCUGCCAUAGUGACCUCAUUGGUACUUUAAGUUUCUGAUAGCAAAAAAAAAACAAAAAAAAAAACACCAACUUCUGUAGCCCGGUCGGAUCAGAUGACCUCUGUGAUGUUCUGCGUCCACUUUGUGGCCUUCACCUUCUUUCUGUGUAUGCAUAUGUGUGUGUGUGUGCGUGUGUGUGCGUGUGCGCUUGCUUUUCUAUCAUGUGAGGACCAAGAGUUGUGAAGGUUUAAAGUGGGGAGUUUGUUGAAAGACAUCCAUAGCUGCAUUUCCACUUCAACAAAACGAGUGAGCGAUAAACAUGGUUUUAACCAGAUGACCCAGAACUUGAAUAAAGUUUAGGGGACACAUGUUUCUCCCUGAAAAGUCCCUUCUUUGUUUGAUGCCUAGCCUUUUUUAUUUGUGCCAUAAUUUUUUUUUUACAAAAUUUCUUUGGUUUUAUUGUCGUUCUUUUUUAUUAUUGUGCAACAUUAAAUAGAAGAGGGACCAAUGUUCAAGUGCUGGAAUUAUUAUUAUUAUUAUUAUUAUUAUUAUUAUGUUUUAGCAAAUAAAAAUAACACAAAGCAUAAUAUUUCCUCCAUAAGUUUCUUGCAGAUUUUAAUAUCUUCCUUAGAGCAGAUAGGAGCAGAUUUUAACAAUUUUAAAAUACAAAUGACUACUUUAGAUAAAGGCCUUUUACCUUCUGUCUUUUCUUUGUUGUUUAUAUCAUCAUUUUGCAAAGUUCAUUUUAUUUUUGCACAGCCUUACUUUUCUUAUAGAAAAUAAUCAUAUCUGUCCUCUUGUGAAAGCUCUUUGAAAUUCAAAAGCACAUUUAAAAACUAUUUACCUACAAGAAAAUGUCCCAGUGACAUAUUGCUACAAGUUAGGGGGCACAUGCACAAACACAUCAGCUUUUAUUUCUUUUGCACUUUUUAUUUUAACUCUAGGAAAAAAUAGAGCCCGUGCAAGUAGCAUCCAAUAACCAAACGAAUCAUUGAGCACCUUGUUUUGCCUUCAGAUGAAGGGUAACUUUAACCACAGGGUUGAUUGAAUGUAAGUCAGUUACUGGUCCUCACAGGGCAGAUGAAAUGUGUAUGUGCAUAUGUGUGAGUGUGUACAGCAGCAUGAACAGUUUGUCUCUUUUCUCAUAUGUGCACAGAAUCUAUGACAACCCGUCACUGUGGCCUUCCUGUUUUGGAUUCCAAAUCUUGUUUUUUUUUUCCUUUCUUUUUUUCUUUCUGUCAUUCCGGAUGACAAAGAGAAAACUGCUACAACUGAGGCUACAAGUUGUUUUCUUGACUUGGUCCUUUCUCUCUGGAAUAGUGAUUGAAGAAAUAUAUAUAUACAAAAAUAUAUAUACUUUUAUAUUUCAGUGUAAUAAAGAUGCUAUUAUGUACA